UGCGGGCGGGGGAGGGGGGGGACUCGGUGGCGGCGGCGGCGGCGGUGCCGUGGCCGUGGCCGGCUGCGGGCGGCCGCCAUGUGGCCGUGUGGCGGGCGGCGGCAGCGCCGCUUCGGGGGCGCCGCGGUGCUGCUGGGUGUGCUCUGGCUGCUGGCCCGCAGGUUUAACUGGAGUGAGCUGAUCCCUAUGCGGUUAUGGGGGAGGACCCUCGGCUUGCAGACAGAGAACUCUCAGUUCCUGCUGGAAGGCAUGCCGUUUCGCAUCUUCGGAGGCUCAAUGCACUAUUUCCGAGUCCCCAGGGAGUACUGGGAAGACCGCAUGCUUAAGAUGAAAGCCUGUGGUUUAAACACCCUCACGACGUAUGUGCCGUGGAACCUUCAUGAACAAACAAGAGGGAAGUUUGACUUCACUCAGGACCUGGAUCUAGAGGCCUUCCUUUCGCUGGCAGCUAAAAAUGGACUGUGGGUGAUUCUGCGUCCGGGACCUUACAUCUGCUCUGAAUGGGACCUCGGUGGUCUGCCCAGUUGGCUCCUGCAAGACCCAGAGAUGCAACUGAGGACAACGUACAAGGGCUUCACCGAGGCUGUGGAUGCCUAUUUUGAUCAUCUAAUGCCUAUUGUAGUCCCUCUUCAGUACAAGAAAGGAGGUCCCAUCAUUGCUGUGCAAGUGGAGAAUGAGUAUGGUUCCUAUGCCAAAGACCCGAACUACAUGGCCUAUGUUAAAAGGGCCCUGUUAAGCAGGGGGAUUGUGGAACUGCUGAUGACCUCAGACAACAAGAACGGGUUAUCCUUUGGCUUAGUGGAAGGAGCACUGGCCACUGUUAACUUUCAGAAACUGGAACCCGGUGUACUGAAAUAUCUGGACACAGUACAGAGAGAUCAGCCAAAGAUGGUAAUGGAGUAUUGGACUGGCUGGUUUGAUAACUGGGGAGGCCCUCACUACGUCUUCGAUGCAGACGAAAUGGUGAAUACUGUAGCAAGCAUCCUCAAAUUAGGAGCAUCCAUCAAUCUCUACAUGUUUCAUGGAGGCACCAACUUUGGCUUCAUGAACGGUGCUUUGGAGACUGAUGAAUACAAGUCAGACGUCACCAGUUACGAUUAUGAUGCUGUGCUGACAGAGGCUGGAGACUACACAUCCAAAUUUUUCAAGCUUCGACAACUCUUCAGUGCAAUCAUUGGCCAGCCUCUUCCUCUCCCUCCCAUGAUUGAAAGCAAGGCAUCAUAUGGUGCAAUCCUGUUGCAUCAAUACAUCUCUCUCUGGGAUGUGUUACCGUCUCUUAUACAGCCUUUUAAAUCAGAGUUUCCAGUUAACAUGGAGAACCUCCAUCUGAAUGAUAGCAGUGGGCAGUCCUAUGGAUAUGUACUCUACGAGACUGUCAUAUUUGGUGGUGGACACCUGCAUUCGAGGGACCACGUCCGUGACCGAGCACAGGUGUUUGUUAACACCAUGUAUGUUGGUGAGCUGGAUUACAACACCGUGGAGCUCUCCCUUCCUGAAGGACAGGGAUUCAGGCAGUUAAGACUCUUAGUAGAGAACCGUGGUCGUGUCAAUUAUGGCCUGGCACUGAAUGAACAGAGGAAAGGCUUAAUUGGUGACGUCUUCUUGAAUAAAACCCCCUUGAGGAACUUCAAGAUUUACAGUUUGGAGAUGAAACCUGACUUCAUGAAAAGCUUGCAGCAAGUUGCUGGAUGGAGUGCGGUCCCAGAUUACUUCGUGGGUCCUGCUUUUUUUCGUGGAAGGCUGUGGAUAGAGCAUCAGCCACAGGAUACUUUCUUGAAGCUACAGGGCUGGGAAAAAGGAGUUGUGUUUGUCAACGGUCACAACCUCGGCCGCUACUGGAAAAUUGGACCUCAGGAAACACUCUACCUUCCUGGCCCCUGGUUACAGAAAGGGAACAAUGAGAUUGUCAUUUUUGAGGAACGCACUGCAGGACGGAUAAUUCAGUCUGUUGACAUACCUUACUUAGGAAGGACCCAGUACGUGGACUGAUGGGAGCUUCUUUCCCGUGUUUGGUUCAUCUUGAAUAUUCCUGGUUGCAUGUCUGGGGACACGAUGGCCCGGGCACUUGGGCAUCUUAAUUUCCACUAGACCCAGGUAAAGGAUUUGCUUGUUGGCAGUAAGCUCAGAAGAGAGGAUGGGCCCCGAAGGAACCAGAGUCCAUUGUUGCGUUGAUGGAUGCAGAAGCUCAGCUGCCUGCACUACCAAGGACCCGUGGCUCGGGUGACUGUGCAUGAUGUUACGGACAGUCUGGUGAAUGUGGGGAGUAAAAAAGCGCUGGAGGUGGGGAGAGAGAGAGAGAACUGAAGCCAUCUGAACCGAAACCUGAGCCCAGCUCUCCAGUGACUAAAAACGCGUUAUUACUGGCCUCUUUGUUUUUAUAAUUAGAUAGGGAGAAAAUAGUGAACAUGUGAGUAACCAGGUGUGGAAAACUGUUGUUGUGCUUCCAGGCAGAAUUUAGCAACUCAGUCUGCAAGAGGCCACGACUUGUUCACUUGUUGGAAGCCAAGUUGGUUGUCAAAUAAGUUAACUUCGAGCUUUUUUUUCCACUAAGUUUUAAUACGGAGGUUAUCUCUCUCUCAGAAAAAGAAAAAAAAGAGUUUUAAAAAGUCA